AUGUUUAAGAAGUUGAAUAAAUAGUAUAAAUAUUCAAUAAAACCAAUUAAAAUACUACCAAAAAGUAUUAAAUUAACAUUAUAAACAUAUUCAUCCUAAUUGAAAAUAUUUUUAAUUUAAAUCUUUCAAAUAUUUGAUUAAAUCUCUAAAAAAAGGAUAUCCAUAUUAUUUCAAGAUUUAGAAGAUUGUAUUUUAGUAUAGAUUAUAUUUAAAAAAAAUAUAGAAGGAAAUAUGAAUCUAUUAUUUCUUAGUUUAUAUAGUAAUAACAUAUUUAUUUAAAAAAUCAAAUAACUUUUGCUAUUUAAUGAAUUAAACAUUGAUUUAUAAAUGCAAUUUAAAAAACAUAUUCCAUACUAACUAAUUUAAUGA